UCAUCCUAAUUACCAUCAUUAUUGUACUCCAUAUGGCUAUAUUCACUAGCCACAACGCCACAGUCACGUGCUGUGGCUACUCGAGCCGCAUCUUGGCACUCACGGCUUUCAUCAUCGCCGCGAAGACUGCCUGGCUGCACAAACAACCAACAAAGACCUUGAGCGCCACGCUUCUCGAGCUAGGGUUUUUUACUUCUUUCAUCUCAGACCGGUCCCGGAAGCAUUUCUAGAUCGUUCGGUGCACCUUUUUCUCCUUACGAACAAACCACAAUACUCCCGCGACGGUCUUAGACCCCCUCCCUCCGACCAGAUUCUCCUGGAAAUCAUAGAAUUUGUUGUACGUCAUGGCGACUGUGGUAUCGCCAGGUACCCCCCUAGCGGAGGCGUUGAGCAGUGUCAUGCAGCCCAAGCUGGUGGAGAUGGGUUGGAGCUCAGAUAGUGGCGAAGACUCGGCUCUGAUCGAAUACGUGAUCCUGAUGUUGGCGAACGGCAAGACCCAGGAACAGAUUGCAGGCGAGCUAUCUAACGACCUUCUUGGGUUGGGGGAGGAAGGCGAUACUCAGGCCUUGGAGUUCUCGAAAUGGCUGUUCGAACAGGUGGAGAUUCUCAACACGCAGAUCAACGGCGGUGGCGCGGCCUCGGCACCGGAGCAGGCGAUUCCUUCGUUUGGUGCUCAAGAUGCCGCGGUGGCUCAACCGCAAGGUCUGGACCCCACAGCACAAGAGUUUGAGAUGAGUGAUGCGGCAGGCGACGCGGACUCGAUACCCACGGGACCAAAGGCCAUGCGGAAUGGUCGACAACAAGGCAGAGGAAGGAUGUUGAACCAGAUCAACCGCGCGAUGGACCGACAGCCUGACUCGCCUCUGCACCGCAUUCGUGGUCAACAAGGCACAGGGCGGAUCAACUCCCACGGCCGCGAUCAUAUGAAGGGCGGCCGAGGCUUUCAAAACGGCGGUAGAAUGUUAAACGGGCGAAACAUGGGUGGGAUGGGCAACCAGGCCAAUCCCAUGAUGCAGAUGAACCCCCAGGACCAGAUGCAUCUCAUGGCCCUGUUCGAAGAGCAAGCCAGAAUGAUGGCCCAGUUCAUGCCUGGUAUGGUCCCCCCGGCCAUCAACCCGGCUUUCCAGCAGGGCGGACCUCAGCAAGGACGUUCGCUCUUCGAUCGGGUUGAACGUGGACCACGGCAGCAAGGCCAUUUCAACAAGCGCGGCCCCCACCAUGGAUUCUCAAAUCGGGCUCCGCAACACGAUGCUCAGGCCGCCGAUGUCGAUAUGGACACAAAUCCCGACCGUGCCACCACCGCCGACGAGCACGAAGAAGGAAACACGAACAGCGUCUGCCGCUGGAACCUCCGGUGCACACGGAAGGACUGUCCGUAUGCGCACCAGUCGCCUGCUGCCCCUGACGGUGUCGCCGUGGACGUCAACGAUGUCUGCUCGUUUGGUGCCGCCUGCAAAAACAAGAAAUGUACCGGUCGUCACCCCUCCCCGGCCGUCAAAACCGCCCACCAAGCAGAAGAGCUGUGCAGGUUCUUCCCUCACUGCGCCAACCCCCACUGCACGUUCAAGCACCCGGACAUGCCGCUGUGCCGCAACGGUGCUGACUGCACGGCCGAGGACUGCAAAUUCACCCAUAUCCAGACCCCCUGCCGAUUCAACCCGUGCAUGAACCGCACCUGCCCCUACAAGCAUUCCGACGGCCAGCGUGGAGCAUACACCGACCGCGUCUGGACGGCAGACGGUACGGAGAGAAGACCUCAUGUCAGCGAAAGGAAGUUCGUCGUCGAUGAGAACGCCCCCGAGGAACUGAUCAAGCCGGAUGCCGAGGGGUCGCAGAACACGGAAAUUGUGACUUGAUGGAAGUUUGCUUUGCUUGUUGCUUACCUAUUUCACCCCUAUGUUUAUGAUACACCGAGGAUGUCCUCUAGGCCUCAAUUGGAUUCAUACCAUGUACUACCCUUUCUGUGUUGACGGGCGGCGGAUGGUUGGAGGGUGACGGGCGUUGGAUUCUUUCUUGAUUUCGAAAUUGAUAUAGCAUCAUCUUCUUCUGUAAAUAGACCCGUGUUAUAAAACUCUGUUUUUCCUACCUUAUACAAUUAU